CACCACAACCUUACAAUUCCCAGAGAUCCAGGGAUCACCGAGACUCCAUCGCUCCUUCCCACUUGCCUGACCAGCCCGCGUCCGAACGACUUUUAUUUUUCCUUCAGCUCCUUUCCGACCGAUCUUCCCUUUCUUCUUCUUUCUUACAUCACAGUUAUAUUUUCCGACGCGACAAGGGCUUUCGAAUCCAUCGGCUUCCAGAAUAACAACAACCGACGUCAAUAAAGUGCUGAACUAGAAACUAAUAGCGCCUCAUCUCGAUCAUCAUCACGCGAACAGCCAUCUGUGCGCGACAACCAGCAUCUCGACCCCUGUGGUUUGUUUACACUUGGAACGUCGGCAAUAAUACGACUUUCGAAAGCACUACAGUCCCACUUCGAAGUGAGCCUGAUCUCACGCGCGGUCUCGAAUGACACAAUAGAAACCCUCCUAUCUCGACCGAUCUCUUUUUCCUUCGCGACACAUACACAUAACACACAGACAUCAUGUCUGAUACUCCCCGCCAACUGAACGCGGCCCAGAUGGCUGCCAGGAAGAUCAAGGCGCCCACUAGGAGGACGAAGCCCAGCUCGAACCACGGUGGCGACGAUGGAAACCAGGCCCCUCUCUUCGCGCCGAUGCCGACGUCGAACUUUGGCGCCCAGAGCGCAGGCGGCAUGUUUGGAGGAGGCGCGCCGAGCGCGAAUAACUCGUUCAACUUCGCCGCUCCGCUGCAGGCAAACUUUGGCGGCUCCGUGUCCUUUCCCCCUGCGUCUACUGGGUCGGCCAUGGGCAACGCGUCGGACAACGAAGAGGCUGCAAGGCGCAACAAACCAUUCCAGAUGACUGGGUUUGGGUCGGGCGCUGCAAGCCCUGCUCCACAGGCAGGUGGCGGAAUGUUUGGACAAAGCGCGGCCGCACCAUCGAAUCCUUUCAGCUCUGCUCCCCAACCCCAGGCCCCAAGCAGUGGCUUCUCCUUCGGAGCUUCAUCGAACCAACCCACGAGUAAUCCAUUCUCCUUUGGCCAAAGCGCACAGGCACCGCCAGCGACUGGCGGCUUUACAUUUGGCCAAUCCACGGCGCAAGCUGCGCCUGUAAACAACCCCUUCCAGACUUCCCAGGCGCCAUCGAGCACACCUGGGCUGAGCUUCGGAAGCACGGCGCCGACUACACAAGCUCCUGGAGGGUUCAGCUUCACGGCAUCUCAGCCAGCUGCUCAAGCAGCAAACCCGUUCUCGUUUGGCAACGGAGCUCCCGCUGAGAAGCCAGCGACCCCAUCAUUCACCUUUGGACAGACCCAGCCACAAGGCGGGUCGCAAGCUGGGUCCUUACCUGGUUCCCAGACACCAUCGCGUGCUGAGUCUCCCGCAUUCAACUUUGGCGCACAGGCUCCUGCGGCCAACAAGCCAGCUGGGGGCGCGUUCACAUUCGGACAGUCUCAAGCACAAACCGCAACGCCUGCGCAAACGCAAGCACCUAAUCUUUUCGGGCAGCCGACGCCAGGUGCAGCUGCUCCAUCUAAUCUCUUUGGCCAGGCAACUCCAGCAGCCGCUGCUCCCGUUUCCAACAUGUUUGGCAAGCCAGCAGGACAGGAGGCCGCGGCGCCAUUGAACCCAUUUGCGCCUACGGGCGCCAACCCGUUUGCGAAUAUCAAAAUACCAGAUGCUGCGACAUCCCCUGCGCCGUCGAGCAAUUUCUUUGGGAGCCAAACUUCUAGAUCUGUUAGCCCUGAGAAAGAUAUGUCUGGCACUGAGUCUGCAGCUGAGGCUACGCCAAGCUUGUUUGGUUCGACUAUGAAGCAGCCUACAAUCGCAAAUGAUCUCUUCAAAGUUCAAGCUGAACAGCCAGCUCCGAGCCCGGCAAAGAGCAUAUUCAGCAACUUCGGUGCUGCAACAACACCUGCGAAACCAUUGUUUGGAGCCCAAAAGACCGAUGGCUCCAGCUUAUUUGGAUCACAAACUCCUAAAGCUGCCCCUCCAGCCAUGGAUUUAUUUGGGAAGCCAAAAGUUACGGAGACGCCUAAGGCAGUUGCAAGUCCUUUCGGUAAGCCUGCUGACGCCAUCAAAAUAUUUUCGCUGCCGGAACAAAGAAAUGGUUCUAUUGAUACCAUUGACAAUGCUAAUGAGAAACCAUUAGCGAAUGGUAAUACUGCAUUGUCAGAAAUCAACAAUGGCGCUAAAUCACCUUCGCGAAACGCGUCAACUCUCACUUCCAAAUUGGGCGAUAUAAAUUCAUCCACAAGAUUUAACCCUCCUACUUCUUUCCAACCACAAACAAAAUCACCUUCACGCACCAACCAAGCUUUCCAAUUCGCACCAACAACAACAACAACUUCAACAGAAUUGGCUAAACUACCUGAUACACCCGUCAUGGAUAUUUCCGACUUCCAGAAAGUCGUCCUCGAACGUGCUGAGGAGUAUGAUGAGAAUGAUCUAUUUACCAAAGCCCACAAGACAGAAAUUGCACGCAUCGUCGCAAAGUACUUCCCACCCACCCUUUCUCCCAGACAGCAACUGGAGGCGUACGCUGCUAUUCAAAUCAAGGCCUUGAAGAGACGUGCUGAGAUUGACAUGGAAAAUGCAACUCAGCCCGCGAAGAAGAUGAGAAUCAAGGAGCAGCUCGCCGACUGGGAGCAGGAUGUUAAGCAAUGGAGCGUCGUACAGGCCAAGAGAGUUGAGAAACGUAAGGCUGAUAGCCUGACUGAUGAUGCUGGAAUGAAUGGUGAGGGAUCCAACAAGCGUCAGAAGCCAGCUGAGCCAAAGGUCCAAAAGGCUGCUGCUCCUAUGUUUGGGUCGCCUGCGAAGUCAAACUCCGAAAAGGCUCCUCUUCCAAACGCCAACAAACCGAAGGUUCCAUCGUCCCUGAAGAAUGUUUUCACACCAAAGCCCGCUGAGGCAACACCCCCAAAGCCCACUGAGCCUGCACCAAAACCCGCCGAAGCUGCACCAGCUCCGACGCCCAAGUCCAAGCGCAAGGCUGAUGUCCAGCUUACCAAGGAUGAUCCCACUGGCGAUGAGUCUACACCCAAGAACGGCAAGGCUGGCUCUGCUACGUCAAGCUUGUUCCGCAACAUCGUUGGAAGCACUCCAACUUCUACCCCAGAGAAGCCAAUGUUCUCGCUCACUAAGACUACCGAAGACAAGCCACGUGCAAACCCAUUCGCGUCACUUAAGCUUCCACCAAAGGCUGCGUCUACCCCUAAUGGCGCGUCACCAUUCAAGGCCCAACCCGCGAGCGCAACUCCAACUCCAACGCCCGCGCCCGCGCCUAAGGCAGCUGGAGGAUUCGUGUUCAAGCCCACUCAACCUGCGGCGGGAGGGUUCAAGCCCACUCAACCCGCAGCUGGCGGAUCCACGGAUUUCAUGUCUCAGUUCGCAAAGUCUGCCAAGAAGACUGCCGAUGCUGCAAUGGAGAAGGCCAAGGAUGAGGAUUGGGAUGAGGACGACGAGACUGAGGCUGAGUGGGAGAAGAGAUACCACAAGGAGCUAGCUGAGAAGAGAGAGGCGCUCAAGCAGAAGCCAGCGCUUGCUGUUCCGACCUUCGGGUCUGCAGCAUCUACUCCUCCAGCCCAGUCUCCGGCGGCGAAGGGUCCGGCAGGUGGUAACGACGGGUAUGUAUUCUAAUUUUUCUGGUUCUAUCUUAUUAGACCCCCUCCAUAGCAACUAAGUGGUUCUACUCCUGAUGUCAGUUUUCCAAAGUUGGUUCUGGCGAAGGGGUAACCUGAGACUUCUGAGGCGCAUGUUAAGCAACGUGUGCCCAGUUUUACUAUAACAGGCUUUAUGCGCUCUUUCCGAGGUUGCGAAGACUCAGAAAGAGAAACCUGUCCCGGAGAAGCUGGCAGUGGUGGAAGCUUCCACCAAGCCUGAGCCUGAGGUCCACCUUCUUCCCCGUCUUCCCUAAGAUAACCCACUGUUAUAAAUUGAGCUCUACUGACGUCUUUCAGGCUGAACAGCAGC